AUGAAUAACUCAAAUGAGCAUAGGCGGGAAGAGGCAGGAGCGGCUAAUGAACAAAUGCCUUACAAUAAGGCUGUAAAGUCCGCGUAUGCAGAUGUCCUCAAGGACAAAAUGAAUAGGGAACAGGAGAUUAGCCUACGAGCCAUCAAAAAAGGGAUAUACACCGAUGGCGGUGAAACUGACAACUAUGAUAUGGAUAAAGAGAAUGAUUCCGCGUACGAAAUGUUCAAAAAAAAUCUUGAUUUUCCGUUAGACCAACAUAAUGAUGACGACGAUGAUGAUCCGUACAUUGAGGAUAAUGGACAAGAGACCGACGGAUAUAGCGACGAGGACUAUACAGAUGAGGCAGACAAGAGUUUUAUAGAAGACAGCGAUUCCGACAGCUACGAUUUGGAAAGUAAUUCUGACUUUGAAGAGAACUUGGAAAGUUCAGGUGAAGCUAAGAAGUUGAAGUGGCGGACGUACAUUUUCUAUGGAGGCCUUUUCUUCGUUUUUUAUUUUUUUGGAUCUUUUUUGAUGACAACCGUGAAAAAUAAUGAUUUAGAAAGCCAUUCAUCCGGCGCUACAUCCUCUCCAGGCAAAUCAUUCAGCAACCUACAAAAACAGGUGAAUCAUUUAUAUAGUGAGUUGAGUAAGCGGGACGAAAAGCACAGUUCAGAAUUGGAUAAAACAGUAAAAAUCAUUGUCUCUCAAUUUGAAAAGAAUAUUAAAAGACUUUUACCCUCAAAUUUGGUUAAUUUUGAAAAUGACAUUAACUCGCUGACAAAACAGGUUGAGACAAUUUCAACUUCCAUGAGUGAGUUACAGAGGCGAAAUCACAAAUUUACGGUCGAGAAUGUUACUCAAUGGCAAGAUCAACUGGUAAAACAGUUGGAUACACACCUCCCUCAAGAAAUACCCGUUGUAAUUAAUAAUUCUUCGUCGCUUUUAAUAAUCCCUGAAUUGCACAAUUAUUUGAGUGCUUUGAUUUCAGACGUUAUUGAGUCUCCAGGCAUUGGUACUGCUGGAAGCGCUGAAAGUCGUUGGGAGUAUGAUUUGAAUCGCUAUGUAAAGGAAAUUCUUUCGAAUGAGUUGCAAUAUAUCGAUAAGGAUUAUUUCAUCCAAGAAAUGAACAGAAGGUUGCAAUCUAACAAACAGGAGAUUUGGGAAGAGAUCACAAAUAGGUUAGAGACACAGCAGCAGCAGCAGCAGCAGCAGGUUCAACAGGAUUAUUCUAACGUGCCACAGCAGUAUUCGAGCAUAUUAAUGAAAAGAUUAAUUCACCAAAUUUACAAUUCCAAUCAACACCAAUGGGAGGACGAUUUAGAUUUUGCUACUUAUGUUCAAGGUACUAAACUAUUGAACCAUUUAACUUCACCAACCUGGAGACAGGGCAGUGGGGUACAGCCGAUAGAAUUACUGACCGACUCCAAACAAAGCUCCUCAACUUACUGGCAAUGUGAGAACGAACCUGGGUGUUCAUGGGCCAUAAGGUUUAAAACUCCUUUGUAUCUAACCAAAAUUUCGUACAUGCAUGGCCGUUUUACUAAUAACCUACAUAUAAUGAACUCAGCACCAAGACUGAUCUCAUUAUAUGUAAAACUGUCACAGACUAAAGAGAUCAAAGCAUUGCAGACAUUGGCAAAUCAAUACGGUUUCGGGCAGCAUCACAAGAGAGACCGAAAUUACAUCAAGAUCGCAAAAUUUGAGUACAGGUUGACAGAUUCUAGAAUACGCCAACAAAUGUAUCUGCCCCCAUGGUUCAUUCAGUUAAAACCACUCGUACGCUCAAUUGUCUUUCAAGUGGACGAGAACUACGGGAACAAAAAGUUCAUAUCUCUGAGGAAAUUUAUCAUCAACGGAGUGACACCGCAGGAUUUGCAAAUAAUUGAAAAUAACGAGUUCCCUGUUUUACUGGGUGACACCCCAGAAUAUGGUGUCACUCAGAACACCGACGAAGGCAAGAGGAAAGUUCUCCUAUCAAAGCCUCCUUACGCGUCUUCAUCUACUAGUACCAAGUUUCAUCCCGCUUCUAACGUCCCAUCAUUUGGCCAAGAUGAGCUAGAUCAAUAA